CAUGACGGUUCAUGUUUUUCUGAAAAAUUACUGUCUGAAAAACUUUUCAGAGACGCAGAAACGUGCUCUGAUACCAAUUGUAACACCCCGCCUUAUCGUGAAAUCAGAGUGCGAAAAUUUCGCAAAGUUAUUUAAAAAUAAAGCCUUUUACUUUGCGAAAACUGAUUCGGG